UUUCAGUUAAUAUCACACACAGAAAGAUACAGCAAAGCGUUUAACAUUUAUGAAGAUUCUCUGAAGAGAAUAUUCAUGUGAAAAAUAUUAAAGCAACAUUUACGACUUUUAUAUUUACAUUCGCAACUGCUUGAACGACGAAGGAAUCACAAAAUGGCAGAAAGCUCAAGAUACGGCUCAGCGGUCAGAGCAGGAUCCAGAGAUGGCUCACAGCAGAAUGCCAGCAACACCAGAAAAUUUGAUAUACUUAGUAAGGAGGAGGAGUACAAGAGAUUGAAUGAGGAGUUAGAGGCAAAGACAGCUAGCUUGGUGCAAGAAGCUGAACAAGUUAUGAGAGAGCAAGAAUCUGUCUUGGCCAAAUCUCGACUUCUGGACAACAUCAAUACAGAUGAUUUUUUGAAAAGUUUUGAUGAUGAUCUCACUGAGAAAAAUGAAGACACGCAUCACAAGGCACUUUCCAGACCUGCAUCCAAAGCAGGUCAGGCAAAUCAGACAGGCCCAAAAUCAGAAAAGAAAAAGUCAGCAUCCAGUAGAACUAAAAACAGGCCACGAUCUAAAACAUCAGGAGUGGAUGAUGUUGCUCUGGUGGAUGACACUUUCAUAACAGAAUUCAAAGACAACUCCUUGUAUCAUGAGGCUUUUGCAGACAUCGAGAACAAGAUGGAAAGUGGUGACAUGAAAAUUGUGGUAGAUGAUGAUAUCUUGCCACAAACAGCUCAAGAUAUGGGAAGUGAGGCCACCAUUCGAUUUCUGAAGGCCAAGGUCCGUGUCAUGCAAGAGGAGCUUGAUCGAUUAGCACAAGAAAAUAACAAAAAGGAAGAGGAAGCGAACCACCUCAAAGGAAAAAUGAAAGAGUUUGAAGAAGAGCGAGGCAGGUUUCACCGUACAAAUGCAGCCCUGCAAACACAAAUAGAAAAGUACAAAAAUCUUGCAGAGGAGGCACGCAGCAAAUCUGAAAGUCAGGAGUUGCAGCUUACGGCUCUUCGCAAAGAGCUUGAGCAGCACAAGCGAACACAGAAACAACAGCAGACUACUCAGUCUGCAAUGGAUGUACGGCUGAAUCGUGCACUUGAAGAGAUUGAGAAGUAUAAAGAGCAGCUGCAGAAAGCCAAAGCAACUUCAAAAGAUUCAUCAGAUGCAGAGAAGAAACGGACUGAGCAACUGUUUGCAGAGAACAAGCGGCUAGAAAAGCAGAAGAAUGAAUUAAUGGCUGGCUUCAAGAAACAAAUGAAACUGAUAGAUGUUCUUAAGCGACAGAAGAUGCACAUCGAAGCCGCUAAAAUGUUGCAAUUUUCAGAGGAGGAGUUUGUGAAGGCACUUGAAUGGGGAAGCUAGGCACUUUCAAAAUGAAACUUAAGUUCUGAAUUUGAGUUUCUAAGAAAACCUCAUCAAGGACACUUCCUCAUGUGAUUUGGUGUCAUCCACUCUAGCUCACUUGACAGCUUCAUCUUUCAGCAUCUUCUAAUAAAAAUAGUGUCCACUUUUCAAAUUUUCUAGCAUUGGCAAUCCUUUACUCAUUGUUUUCAUGGGAAUUCAACCAAAUGAUGCCAUCCCAGUCCUGAAGAAAAUUCCACAGAUCAUCAAACAUACAAAAUAUGUAUACAAUUACAAAACUGUUAUUUGAACACAAUAUAAACAUGUUAAACAUCUGUUACUAUUAUCAAAUCUUUAACAGGUCUGUCAUUUACGCAUUACUAAAAGAAAUUAUUUCAGAUUUAACGGGCACAGACACAAUAUGACUCGAUGUGCCAGUUGCAAAGUUCCCUUUACGAAAGUUCAUGAACAAACUUCAGAUAAAUGUUGUGGUCAGUUUUUUUUUUACUAUUAAAAUGUGGUUUUCAACAGACAAGUCAUUAAAAUAUUUUAAACAGAAGACUUAGCACAGCUGUUUACCUGUUUAUAAAUAAUUCAGUAAAAAUAUUUUUCUUAUUCUUUAGAUUUAUCAGCAUUUUUUAAAUCUAAAGUUUAAAAGGUCUUGUUAGAAAAUUAUGUGUUUUUUAAUGAUUUAUUUGUUUAACCUGUCCUAUCUGCAGCAGAGAAAAGAUGAAGAUUAAAAAAACUGUUAAAGAUCAAAGAUCAUUUAAUACACUGUCUUUUCCUUUUUCUAAAUCAAGCUAAUUUUACACAGAACAUUGACUUGUUCCAUUUACACUACAGUUUCUUACCCAACUCUUAGAAAGUUUUAAAACAUUUGAUUCUCGGCUUGACUUCUGGUAUUGGUUGCUGACAGAGGCAAGUUAAAAGUCAAUGAUGCAUCCAUCUGUGAAAAUUGCAUUAAAAUUGUUUCCAUA